AUGCAUCGACUUUUUGCUAAGCUGGAGCCAUCUGCAACCAUCACCAAGCAAAACCUGGCAGACCGAGUUUGGUAUAUCUUGCGCUCAAAUAAAUUUGAUGUCACCGAACUCGAACGGCUACGACGUGAGGCUGUUCCUUCAACGGGUGAAAAUGCUGCCGCUGGGGAUGCGGCGCCACAACUUGCAGAGCAAAUGGCAAACGUGGAUGUCGCCGUGAAUACCCCAGUUGUGGUUGAUUCAAACGCAAACGGAAUAGGGCUGUCGUUAGGGCUCUGA